CACACGUACACACACAUACAAUAUUUCUUGGUUGGCAUUUUCAGCUGUUCAUUGCACCCAAAACCACUUUUUGAUGAAAGCAAUUUUUGCAACUUCGCGAAAAUUGUGCAAUUCGUCUGCAAGCCAGAUGGAAGAAUGGAAUUCAAAGUGAGCUUUACACAUAUUGAAAUUAACAGUCUGCGCUAAACAGGCAACUUAAAGACUGCGUGUUGUAGAGACUAGAAAAUAUGGCUAGUUACCCACACUGCGCUGUGCGCGUUAAAGUCAAGAAAUGCGAACUAAAUCUGCCAUGUGAAUGGCGUAAAUUUAGUGUCGAUCCGCAAAUCACAUCACUGGAAGUGCUCUACUCAUUGCUCGCUAAAGCAUUUGACAUUAAAUCGGAUUUCUCAAUCAAAUAUAAAGCAUUCGAUCCAGCAGGCAAUGAGAUAUACUUAUCUGUACUAUCCGAUUGGGAUUUGGAUGCAGCCUUUCUACGCAUACACAAUCUCGCUAUACAAACAGCAACGGAACCAUGUUUAAUGCUGCAAAUCGACAUUAAACCAUUCACAGAGGUGCGAGAAUGGGAUAUUGACGCAACAGCUACAACAAGUGUUUUAGCCAAUAGCAGCAGCGGUAGUGGCAGCGCUAGUGUCAAUGCACUUUCACCCAGUUUUUCGGCGAAUACGGGUGUGCGUGAGGCAAUCUCGCCACUGCAACAGUCGAUAGGUGCAUCACAGAAAUAUGUGCAGAACAUGCAAACAAAACUACCGGGUCUCAUAAUGAACCAUAUGGAGAAGACUUUCUCAAUUGUGCAGAAAGCGUUCAAUUUGUCAGAGGAAACAAUGGCCUCCUUACCGCCGCGUCCACCAUUGGCUGACACUGAGUUUCGUGUGUUUCUGGACGCGCUGGGACAGAUCAAACGUACCGAUGAAUUGCGUAAAGUGAUAUUUCUGGGCGGUAUUGAUCCCAGUUUGCGGCGCGUGGUGUGGAAACAUAUUUUGAACGUCUAUCCACAUGGCAUGAAUGGACAUCAGCGCAUGGAUUAUAUGCGUAGAAAGUCGGAGCAAUACAUCAAGUUGCGCGAUACGUGGAUAAAUGCGGUGAAGCAAGGUUGCAUUGCCGGUGAAUUGUCAUAUGUCACAAGUAUGGUGAAGAAGGACGUUCUGCGUACAGAUCGUCUGCAUCCUUUUUACGCUGGCAGCGAUGACAAUCAAAACAUAGCCUCACUUUUCAAUAUUCUAACAACAUAUGCGCUCAAUCAUCCCUCGGUGAGUUAUUGUCAAGGCAUGUCGGAUAUCGCUUCACCGCUGUUGGUCACCAUGAACGAUGAGGCGCAGGCUUAUAUCUGUUUUUGUGCUAUAAUGUCACGUUUAAAGGGUAAUUUCAUGUUGGAUGGCAUAGCCAUGACGCAGAAGUUCGCGCACCUCACAGAAGCGCUCAGUUUUUAUGAUCCCGAAUUUUGGGAAUACUUGAAAUCGCAACAGGCCGACGACUUACUUUACUGCUAUCGCUGGUUGUUGUUGGAAUUAAAGCGCGAAUUUCCCUUCGACGAUGCGCUGCGUAUGCUGGAAGUGCAAUGGAGCUCAUUGAAGUACGAGACCAGCAUUUGCAAGGAACUCAAUUUGUUUGAAAAGGAGUUUGUGCCUAUUUCGGAAAGUCCAGCACCGACAAGCUCCAGCUCACUAUCUAGCUCGUACGGUGCGCCAAUUAGUCCCUCCUAUUUGCUGGUGAAGUCGCGUGAAAACCCCUACACCAAGGUAUGCGCACUACGCCGCCAAAGCUCAUCGGCCUCACUGAAUUCGUUGAGCUCAUCGCUUAGUGCUGGCGGUGGCGUGUUAAAUAACUUGCGUUUGGAUGCAACAAAGCGUCUCAAUCAGAGUCUCGAUGAUAAUAUGCCACGCGCAGUGGCAUGCCGCAGACGACAUUCAUCGAAGGCACAUCAAAGUCUAGACGAGUCCAAAAUGCUCUUGCUGAUGGAGGGCAUGGAGGAUGUAAAAAAUGUGGAGGCAAACAACUUAACGUCCAAAACCAAAGAUGAGGUUUAUGCAGAGUUUAGUGAGGAUGACGAUGUGUUCGCUACCGGCGAAUUGAGCGCAAAUAAAGAGACGAAUGAUAUUGAACACUUUAUAUUUCAUCCAACAAAUCCCUUCCUAGAAGAUGGCAUUACGAAAGAGGAAAUAGCUAAAGUUUCGUCUCAAACACCGACAACCCAUGUCAAUACGGCAACGUUAAGUGAAAACGACGCCGGCGAAGUUACAGACGAAAACGGACUUAUGGCAAAAAUACCACAGCUGCCAAAGGGUAUAGCGAAAUUGCAAAAUAAGAACAUCUUAUCGAACUACAACACCGUAAGCAAUAUAAUAGCCAAACAAAUUGCGAAUGCUUCCAACGUGAGUGAUAGCGUGCGACGCGUGAGUAGCGGCGGUGGUGGGCAUUUUAGAGACCUAAAAGAGAAAAUUGCGGCUACAAGCAGGAAAGGCAUCUCCUUCGAUGAACUCAGCAACACGGAAAAAUCACAACAGAAAUUGGUGAAAAAUUUCAAUGAAUUUCUCAACUUCGCUGCAAUGAAUAAAAAUCGCAUUGCGGAUAAGUUCGCCGCGACGCCAUCGCCUAUAACUGCUGCUGGCAACAACGAUGCCAGUAUGAAUGCCUACAGCAAAGACAAAUCGAAGACACCUUCGCCGACACACGCCUACAAGUCCACAACGGCGCAGACAACACCACAUCCGCUUGUGCAGCUAACACGCAGCGCUUUUGUCUCCUCACUCGAUGAGUCCGACUCAUCAUCGGUGCCCGAUACGACAUGGAGCGGUUCCACCGCCGCCACUGCAAUACAACAGACGAACAACGCCAGUAAUAAUAGUUUGCACAUGGAGCUUGCAUCGUUGGGCUCCUCGACCGCACACACACCCGAUCGCACACCAACAUACGAACGUAAAAUUGACGCGGCAGAGUUAACGGAAGCCUGUGAGCAAGCUGACGUGAUCCGCACUCCAACAAAGCACUUGCCCGCUGAACCGAGUUUGACGCCCGACGAUAGUCAAGAUCAAGAGUAUUACCCGAUGUCGACACCUAUCACGCGUGAGUUGCGCUUAGAGGCAGAAAAUUUGGAUCGUCAAGUGUUUGGUGAGCCUGUCGAUAAGCUGCAGCCAACAGCCGUCAAUUGCGAUUUUGAGUACGAAAAACUCGACAGAGACUCUUUGGACCUGGUGGAGGAUCUCAAAGAAAACGAGAUUAUCACCUGCCCUGACAUAAGCGAAUUGCUCAUACGCAGACGCAGCCGUAAUAGUCGUUCGCGAAGCAGUAUAGAACCGCUGCAGCAUGUAACCACAAGCACGCCUUGGCAAGAUGCUGCUGAGCUGCCCAAUAAUGCAAAAAUCGAUAGCAAUUCAAAUGGCACCGACUCGUCGACGGCACAGUCAGCGUGUAGCGUGCUCAAUCCUUUCGUCGAUUCAACUGCAAGUCAGCUGUUAGAUGGCAUUACAGGUGGCUUGCACAACAGUAGUAGCUUGCCCGAAGUCCUGGUGCCGAUUUCCACAGAUACCGCCAACGCAUCCCCAGUCGAGUUGGCCACCAAUGCAGUUGAUGAGAUUGCCUUUACGAAGCCACCACUGGCUGCUGGCGAACGUGCAGCUAUCGUAGGUUCAAGACCGCCUAUUUUGCCGCCACCCAACGAAUUCGGUGGUGGCAAUCCCUUCCUGAUGUUUCUAUGCCUAACGCUGCUGUUGCAGCAUCGCCAAACGAUUAUGAAAAGCGGUAUGGAUUACAAUGAGAUUGCGAUGCAUUUCGAUAAGAUGGUGCGCAAGCACGAUGUUACGCGUGUGCUGAAUCAAGCGCGUCGCAUGUACAUUAACUAUCUGAAAGAGCAGAAUGCCUACAAGCAGCAGCUGCAGCAGGCCACUGAGGUUACGCCAAGCAAUGAUAUAAAUAGGAACUCCAAGGCGCACGAGGUGACAGUAGCGCCACGCACAGGCGCAGGUUACAGUAGCACGAUCGGCGCGACAACAAAGUCGUAGAGCAGCCGAACGCAGGGAAUUAAACAGUGAAAGCAGCUACGUAGAAACACCAAAGAAUUUUUUAAUUGACUUACGUACUUAAACUUACACGAAUUUGUUUUACUUAUUUUUUUGUUAUUUUUGUUAUUAACUUUUUUAAACACACAUUUAGGUUAGAGAAAGCGCUUUGUGCUUCAGAAGACUUUUUAGAUUUAGAUAAUGCAGCGGGUCGGUGAAAGUGAUGCGGUGCGUUUGAGUUAAAAAAGAAUAUAUAAGCAAGUCAAUGUGCUGGAAAUUUGUUGUGUUGAAUUAUCGACUUUGAAUUAGUGACGUUAAGAGAUUUACAGAGAUUAUCACCGAGUUUAGUCAUGUUUUUAAGCUCACUAUUUCAGUUUCAAUUAAUUUGUUGUUUUAUGCAUUAUUUAUUAGUUA